GAGGGCUGGUACUGCACGGCCGAGGAGUGCUUCGUGCCCGAGAGCCAGGUCGCCGAGCGCAGGGAUGCCGAGGGACGCCUGCGCGCGGUGUGCGCGGAGAGCGGCCACCAGGUGCACUGGACCAAGGAGGAGAAUUACAUGUUCAGGCUCUCGGCGUUCCAGGAGCCGUUGCAGAAGUGGCUCCGGGACAACCCACGCGCCGUCUCCCCUGACCCUUUCUACCAGCGUGUGCUCCGCUGGCUGGAAGAGGACUUGCCCGACUUGUCCGUCUCUCGUGAGAGAAGCCGGCUGCAGUGGGGCAUCCCUGUCCCCAGUGACUCAACACAAACCAUUUACGUGUGGGUGGAUGCCUUGGUGAACUACCUGAGCGUGGUGGGCUACCCUGAGACCCACGACGAGUGGUGGCCCGCUGUGCACCACGUUGUGGGCAAGGACAUCCUCAAGUUCCACGCUGUCUACUGGCCGGCGCUGCUGAUGGCGGCAGGGCUGGCCCCCCCGGAGCGAAUCCUGGUGCACUCCCACUGGACUGUCCGUGGGCAGAAGAUGUCCAAAAGCCUGGGCAACGUGGUGGACCCUUUUGCUUGCGUCGGGCAGUUCACAGCAGACGGGUUUCGGUACUUCCUGGUGCUGGACUACAGGGAGGGGAAAGGCACGGGCAGGGCUUCUGCUGAGGACUAUGAGUUCGUGGCGUCUGUGGCGUCUCUGCCUCUGCAGGUGGCUGGUUAUUUUGAGGAUUUCCAGAUCUACAAGGCGUUGGAAUGUAUUGCGCUGUGCGUAAGGCAGACCAACGGUUUCUUCCAGAGACACAGGCCGUGGAAACUCGACCGAAAAGACCCUGCAGAGCAGCUCUGGCUUGACACCAUCAUCCACGUUACGCUGGAAUGCCUGCGUGUCUAUGGGACUCUCCUGCAACCCGUGAUCCCACACACUGCAGAGAAGCUGCUUGCCAGGCUGGCUGUUGAGCCAGAAGAGAGAGGUCUCUCGAGUUUGACAUUUCUGCCACGCUACGACGGGAAGCCGUGUCCCUUUGAAGGGAGACAGCUUGGACCUGACACCGGCGUCUUAUUUCACCGACUAGAGAAGCCGGUACAGCACCAGACAGAAACCAAGAAGCUCUAG